CCUCCUGUUCUUUAUCAAGGUCCCCCAAAUAAGCAGGAUGGGCAGUGGCUCUCCACAGCUGGCCUUACUCCCUCUUUCUCUCUGCUACAAACUUUUCCCACUGGCUAAUUAGAACCAGGUUGGGUGAGAGUGAGUUCUGGUCCUGCUGCUGCCUUUGGAAGGAGAGGCCUGGAGCACCCUGACUGAAUGAUGGCUGGGAAGCUGUGGAGCACUCUCCUCCUUUCCCUGGCUCUGUCUGGCUUCUUCUGCGAAGAGGACCAAAGCGUUCAGACCCCUCACAUCCCGGCAAAUGAAAGCCACAGAUUAGAACCCGUCACUGAAGCCAGACCUAAAAUAACUGCAGGCACCACCGCAUCAGCAACAAAGAUUCCUGUGACUUCAGCAUUCAGCCUGGGUCCAGCAAUUUUAGACCAGAGUUCUCAGAGCCCUAAUAACCAGAAAAAUACAACGGUCAAACUAGAAAAGGAAUCUAAAGCUGGAGCUAAAAACAAUUCAGGAUUACCUAAUCAGGAAAAACAAGAUGAUGCUUCUCACAUUGGUAUAAUUUUGCCAGUUGUCAUUGCCCUAAUAGUAAUAAGUGUCAUCGUAUUCCUUUUAAUGGCACUGUACCGAAUGUGCUUGAAGACAACGCCAGAGAGGCAAGAGAAUGGAACUGAACAAGCCCCUUCGGAUAAAGAGAAUGUGAAACUCAUUUCUGUUAAGACAACUUCUUCAGACUCAGGCAUGUUCAGUUUCUUGACCCUUUCCUCCUAUGACUUGCCUUUAGGCAUGUCAUUACCUUUGGAAUCCUUCAAACCAGUGUGAGUACUCCCAUUGGUUAUCAGAUGGCAGCCUAAAGACUGCAGUACUUCCCAAUGGGCUUAGAAGAGUGAUUUCAAUGGGUUCCCUUUGAGUUGGGAUUAAGUUGCUUCUGGGUUGGGAGUCAUCAAAUUGGUGGGAUAUAUAUCCCAGCCUCUUCCUGAGUAGUGAUGUGGGAUAUUUCUAUAUUUAAGCAAAAUAAUUUAGGUGGGUUUUUUCCCCUUACAAUCUUAAAUGAGUACCUGUUCUUAUUACUCAGUUGCGUAUGAAUGUGCCUUGUGGCUCUGCUAGAUUAACAUAUAAUAUGUUCUGAGCGAGGCUUCCCAAGAGCAUGAAACAAACUCCUUGUCCCGGCAAAACCCCCUUUUACUAAUUUACAGUGAAUGCUGCUCAUUCACAGCCGGCAAAGUCUUUCAAAAGAGGAUUUAUGGUCACAGACCUUAUCUGACUUAGA